AUGUCCCAAAGCCAAAAUUCCAGUUUCCAAUCACCUCUCUACCUAUCAUCAUCAUUAGGUUAUGAUGAAGAAGAUACCCAGACCACACUCCCAAGCUUUGAUGGGCAUACAUUCCUCCGGCCAGAUACACCUCCUCCUCCUCCUCCUCUACCGUUUAUCCGCGUUGGACCCGACCGAAGAAAAUCCUAUUUCCUCUACAAUAUGGUAGAGCAUACUGAGUGGGUUGACUGGUGGCUACAAACUGACUAUGGGAGGAAAAGUAAGAUCCACUGGGAAGCAGCCCGCCAGGCCCCAAUUUGGAAUAACUUCCAUCAGGUUGCCCAAAUCACAGAUGGUGCACCAAAGGUUAUGUGUAAGCGGUGUAGCAAGGUUCUUGAACAUGCUCACUCUGCCUGUCAAAAUGGCUACCAAGGCACAUCAACCAUGGCUAAACACCUAAAAACUGCAAAAUGCCAAAACUCUAUGAGGCGGAAGGAGAAUAUUACUGGUUUCCUUAUAAGCAAGGAAGAUGAGCCAUCUACUACUCCUGCUCUUGCUCCUUUCUCACAGCUAGGCUGGGAGGAAGAAAUCUUACAAUUUCUUACUAUCAACCGGCUUCCAUUCCACCUUAUUGAGCAUCCAACCUUUCAUAGUCUGAUUCAUAAGGCUCGCUCUUCACCAUUACCUCCAACCAUCCCGUCUGCAAAUACAAUUCGUCGGCGACUACAAGAUCUAGUUGCAGACCGCCAGAGAUCCAUUCUUAACCUCCUACCGCCCAGCUCAAAAAUUUCAAUUGCGCUGGACUGCUGGACUUCUCCGUUUUCGCAAGCAUUUAUGGCCGUUACUGGCUAUUUUAUUGAUGCAGAUUGGACCUAUCGGGAGGUGCUUCUUGGUUUUAAACCACUCUCUGGGUCACACUCUGGUAUAAGUCUUAGUAGUGUUCUUCUCAACAUACUCCAAGAGCAUCAGAUUACAGACAGAGUUCUUGGAGUUACAACUGAUAAUGCAUCAAAUAAUAAGACUAUGAUUGAUGCAAUUCAACAAGCCCUACCUGAGAAUCUUAGCAUUACCCGGAUACCUUGCCUUGCCCAUGUUAUUCAGCUUAGCCUUAACCAGCUUCUGGAUCGCCUAAAGGCAGCCCCUUUAAAUGAGACUACCCAAACUAAAUGGACUGAGAAACAAUCAACCCUUGCUAAGGAUAAUUUAAAGCGCCAGAAGUGUGAGAUCUCUGUUACCUUGAAUAAGGUACGCUAUCUUGCAAUCUACAUUCAUGCAAGCCCCCAACGCCGUGAAACAUUCAUCAAUCUUCAAACAGAGGAACCAAAGGUUAUUCCAAUACAAGAUGUACGGACUCGGUGGAAUUCAACCUUCCUAAUGCUUCGCCGAGCUAAGAGGCUUCGUGAUUUUUUCCUCCCAUUUUGCCUGGAAUAUGACUGUAAAGAAAUGCUUUUAACUCCAGAGGAGUGGCGCCAAAUCGAUUACCUGCUCUAUCUUACUGAGCCCUUCUUUGAAUAUACGACUGAGCUAUCGAAGACACGAGAUAUAACCAUACAUCUUAUAUUCAAGCUUUAUAAUGCAUUAUUUUUGCAUCUUGAAAAGUCCAUGGCGCAGCUUAGGCAGAAGCGGGUUCCAUGGAAAAGGCACAUACUUCAGUGCCUUGAAGCUAGCCGAUUAAAGCUUGAUGAGUACUACACACAGACAGAUAGUAUUCCAGGGCACAUAUAUGCAGUUGGUACAAUGCUAGCUCCUGACAGCCGGUUCCAGUUUUUCCAAUCAGAUGACUGGGAUGGGUCCUGGCGACUUAAGUACCGGAGUGCAUUCCAGACAGCUCUUACUCCCUACCAAGAGCACCAAGAGCAUCUUUCUCAUACGUCAGACACAGGAAGCUCCCUACCUACACCAAAGCUAAGCUUAAAGCUUAAUAAGAUAUUAAACAAAAGCAAACCGAAGACAAGGCUAGCUAAAGAUGAAAUGACACAAUAUCUUGAUGGUGACACUGUUGAGACUGAGCCUCUUCAAUUCUGGAGAGAGCACCAAGGACGUUUCCCUAUAAUCUCUGCACUUGCACGGGAUGUUCUCUCAAUCCCAGCAACAGGUGCUGGUGUAGAGCGGCUAUUCAACACUGCCCGGGAUAUCUGCCAUUAUCGCCGUGGUCGUAUGAAGUCUGAAACAAUUGAGGAGCUGAUGCUGUUUCUCUGUGCUUCAAGGUUUGACCUUGAAGGGCAGCAGAGGAAAGAACUUCAGCUAUUCUUUUCCUUAGAUGAGAUUGAAGCAGAAAGGGAGCAAUGUGACGAGAGGCUAGAUGAGCUUGAUGGAGAUGGUAUAAGUGAUCGUGAGGAGGCUGAGGAGGAGGCUGAGGAGGAGGCUGAGGAGGAGGCUGAGGAGGAGGCUGAGGAGGAGGCUGAGGAGGAGGAGGUACUACAGCUACCAGAGAUGAGUACUCAGCUACGAACAUCGGGAAGGAAGCGAAAGAACAGGGAGGAUGAUGGAUAUGAGCAUUACUAA